GCCUGUCGCCGCCACCAAUCAGCGAUGAGCGGGGCGGGGCUUCGUCGGGGAAGACCCGCCUCCUCCGGCCCGGGACGCCCCCGCCUUGGGCUCUGACUUGAAAGGGGCGGUCUGGGUCUCGCUCCCUCGCCUCGGGGGUUCGUGGGGCGGUGUUCUGGGACCAGGACCCUUGAGUGCUUUUCUUUCAUUCAUUUGCACUUAAAGCCAACAGCAGAACGAGACAGUUUGGAAGGCGUGGAAGCCUCACCAUCUCAAACGCCUCAUCUUCCCAUUUGCUAAAACUGAUCAAAGUUAGAACUGAAGCCUUUUUGGAGGAUGUGGGGAGAGGAAGUCAGAGGCCGCCUGGCACCGCAAAGCCAUCUCUUGCACCAGCCUUUCGACUUUUGCCUUUUUUUAAAUUUUCAACCGUCAUCCAGUUCCUGUUCAUUCUUAACCUUUGACUGCAGCUAAAGCUGUUUUGGAUGAUAAAGAUGCUUACAAUGCUAAAUAUUUGUAUUUUAACAUUGUAUUUCCGAUGGCUAAAACCCUCAUGGGUUCUUAGAAUCAAAGGAGAUAUGGUUGUGGAAUUGCCAUAAAGCACGUGUCUAAGAAUUUGAAGUUUACUACCUAUCAAUGCAUAAUAGCCUUGAAGGAAUUUAGGGUUCAGAUGGACAAUCCCUAACUCUUAAAUGUACCCUUGGCCUAUUACCUUGUUGCUUUCACAGCUAGGGAUUUUGUAUAAGAAGAAUGGGAUUCAGAGAGUCCAGUAGUCACUUGAAAUUAUUUUUUUUUUAAUUUUGUAUGGAUUAACCCAAAAGAGGUUAAGAACACGUGUCCUAGAAGAAUAUGAUCGUUGCAAACCAGAAAUUGGUACUCUGACCCUGAUUAUGGCUAAUGACUAUUGUUAAGCUGGUCAAGAAUGAAAGGGAUAAACUAUUAACUGAGAGAUCCUUAGCUGAGUUUAAAACCUAAAUUUUCAUCUUCCAGAUAGCCACAAUUCUUUUGAUAAAGUAAAUAUUUACUGAACACCUGCUUUCUUGCAAGUGAUAUAGAAAUGUAUAUUACUUUCUACCCUCUUGAGGCUUCUAAUCCAGUAUAAUCGAUACAAUUAAAACACAGAAAUAUAAACCAUAAAUACCAAGAAAGUUACGGAAUAAUAUGAACUUCAAAGAAGGAAGAGAUCACAUCUGUUGAAGUGGGACAAGCCAGUGUAUGUAAAAUAUUUAGCAUAAUGCCUAACAAUACAUUAUGCAUUCUUAUUAUAGGAUAACUUGGAGAAAGGAUGCUUAUUACAGAUAAUGUCCAAAAGGAAUAUUCCAGAAGACACUGAACUGCAAUAUAGGACCAGCUGUUCUAGAGCAGCCCGGAGCCGAGCCAGGCAUAUUUGAGACUUGGAUUGAACUCAGGACUUUAGAGAUUUUGGCGCAGCAAUGUCGGUGUUAGAAGAAACCCGACCGUUUGCUCAGCAGUUAUCCAAUGUCUACUUUACGAUCCUUUCACUUUUCUGUUUUAAACUUUUUGUGAAAAUCAGCCUUGCCAUCCUUAGUCAUUUCUACAUCGUGAAAGGCAACCGCAAGGAAGCAGCCCGGAUAGCAGCUGAGUUCUAUGGAGUAACCCAAGGGCAAGGUUCCUGGGCAGACAGGUCCCCACUGCAUGAAGCAGCAAGCCAAGGUCGUCUCCUAGCUCUGAGGACAUUGUUGUCACAGGGUUACAAUGUAAAUGCAGUAACCUUAGACCAUGUCACCCCAUUGCAUGAAGCCUGCCUGGGAGAUCAUGUGGCGUGUGCCAGGACCCUUCUAGAAGCUGGAGCAAAUGUAAACGCAAUCACAAUAGAUGGCGUGACCCCACUGUUUAACGCGUGCUCACAAGGCAGCACCAGCUGUGUGGAGCUUCUCCUGGAAUAUGGCGCCAAAGCCCAGCUGGAGUCGUGUCUUCCUUCUCCCACCCAUGAGGCUGCCAGUAAAGGUCACCAUGAAUGUCUGGAAAUACUCAUAUCCUGGGGCAUAGAUGUUGACCAAGACAUUCCUCAUCUGGGAACUCCUCUGUAUGUGGCUUGCAUGUCCCAGCAAUUCCAUUGUGUCCGGAAGCUUCUUUAUGCAGGUGCUGAUGUACAAAAAGGCAAAUACUGGGAUACUCCUUUGCAUGCUGCUGCUCAGCAGUCCAGUGUGGAGAUUGUAAACUUAUUGCUAGAAUUUGGAGCAGAUAUCAAUGCCAAAAAUACAGAGCUCUUGCGACCUAUAGAUGUAGCUACUUCUAGCAGCUUGGUGGAAAGGUUAUUGCUUCAACACGAAGCGACCCCCAGCUCUCUCUGCCAACUUUGUCGACUCUGUAUCAGAAGCUGCAUCGGGAGACCCAGACUGCACCUUAUCCCACAACUCCAGCUGCCAACAUUAUUGCAGAAUUUCUUACAGUACCGAUAAAGCAGUAUAUUAAUUCCAAAUACCAUGAAGAUCAAAACUUUCUAUUUCAUCUGCAGAGAGUAUAUUUCACAUUAAGAUAUGCUAACCAUGGGGGAAAAGUGACUAUGAGGAUACCCAGUAACGUGGUGAAAUAACAGUUUAAAUUUUAAGUGUACUAGUUAGCUCUACUGUUUUGUGCAUUUUUACUGUCCUUGGCAUAUAGCACAUUUUAAGUAUCUAUAUACUACAAGCUCUUGCAAUAUAUCUUGUUGAUU